AAUUCUGCAGGAUCAUAUUGUACCAGUUGUAUCCUCGAUUUUCUUACGCAGGCUGCUUCUUCCUGGGGUUCAUCAUAAUAUUGCUUUGCGCUCAACCUUGCUGGAUUAUAACAGGCACUGGAGUGAUUCAGAUUUCCAUUCUCUAACCGCCGAUAUGUUGAAGAAGGAAAUUCUUUCCCUGAUUGAACAUGAGGGUGUCAGUGAUAAUUCAACGUCAAUAUUUUGCUGUUGGAAAAAAUUCUGUUCUCGCUACUUCCAAAAUUGGUGCAAGAGCAAUGCACUAUGUGGCUUGCUUUUGGAUUCCCACAGGGGCACUUUUGGAUUGAUCAGAAAGAACUCAGUAUCUCUUUUUCGUUGUUCGGAGAAUAUUGAGCGGCUUAUUAAUGGUAUCUCAGGUACUUCUGAUGAUCUCAUCCAUCUUGUUACCAUGGAGGCGGGUUUAAUUCUUCAAUUAGAGGUGCUCGUUAAAAUGCUUAGAUGUGUUGUUAAUGUCAGCCAACAAUUGGGAAAAACAGCUUCUGCUAUAUUUUAUGAAUCAUUAGUUAGUGCACCACUCGUUAUCUCAGCUGAGGAAAUUACUCAUCGCCUUUUGAAGAAUUUAGAAUCUGGAUAUGGUUCAACGGUAGCAAUGCUUCAUGUAUCAGAGCAUGGACCUGAUGUUGCUUUGGAGAGAAACCUGGCUGAUAAAAAAAAAUUGAGGAAAUUUUCUAUUGGCAUGCUGCUAUCUCUUCAUGCCUUGCACAAAGAAUCUGGCACAUGGAGUCGAAUUUUAAAAGUGAUUGAGGUUUAUCUAAAAAUUCUUAAACCUCGGAAAAUUAUACAAAAAUCUGAUGCUGAAAUAUCGUUGGAUAUUAGUGCUUCCAUUUUGGUCCAGGCUACUUCUCAAGUUGCGAAGGUUAUGUAUGAGUCUGCCUUUGACAUUCUUCUGUUUCUAAGCUAUGUUGUGAGCAUCAGUGGGCAGAUCCAGAUGCUGCAUGAUGAUGUAUCCAAAAUUCAACUUGACUUGAUUCCAAGGAUUGAAAAAAUCAUUUCUGAGUGGCUUCUUAUACAUUUCUGUGCCACCACGCCAUCUGAAUCAGCUGAAAUUGAAGAUUUUAGCUCUCAGCUUUCAGUGUUACAUAUUGGUAGGAUUAUGCUUUGUCUGGGGCCUUAGUUUGUAAUUUUGCUG